GCAAACGUCCAAGACACUAUGACAUUAUCCCCGAUGUAGUAAUCUGGACAGUGGGUCUGCCUUUAUGCUGGUCAGUUGUUACUGCAGACAUAGCCACAGGUGUAACAUGGCAUAGCCCAGAUGCACUAGUGCCAAAUAGUGGCCAGUCGAAACGUUUAUGCUGUCCAUUUGUCAGCCUGACCCGCUGCAUUCCUUACUCAGCCCGUCUUAUAUUUUAUCUUGUAUGCUGGAACAUCUGCAGGACCACUACAUCUCCCAUAUUGUGCGAACAUUGAGGAUGGAUAUCAGAUAUGGUUAUGCCAACAUUGUCUUCACCAACGAACCUCCUGCUGCUCUCUUAUCACAUCUCUGUGAAGCAAUAGCUAUGGAGGGUAACCAAGCGGCGAAGAUAACUGUCUGGAAUGUUGGCAAUGUGGACAAGUUAAAGGAGGAGCUGGAAGAGCAUGGCGUUCCGGAGGGCCGAGUGCGACUUCAUGCAGAGUCAUUCGUGACGGCGGCCGACAUUCGAGAUGAUCUUCUCAUCGAUACGGAGCUUGUGAUUGUGAAUCCUCCCUCGUCGAAAGAGUUGAUCGCCAAUGUUGUCAGAGUAUCGGUGCGUGAUCCAACACAUUCCACAUUCCUGGAAACGAUUGGGAAUUUGCGACAGAACUUCAAGUACAGAGGCAAGACUUACAACUACUUUGACAUCCAGUCCAACACACUGCGAGCAGCCCUUGAAUUGCCCAAGGUGAAGUCUAUCCUGUACGUAACACACUCUAGUGCUAUGAGUGAGAAUCACUGUCUGAUCGAGACGGUGCUGGAGGAGCUGCAUGGAAGCAAACGCGCAUUCAAGCGCUCGGCCCGGGCAUGGAAAACCGAGCAUGCUCAAGACCUACUGAGAAAACGAAUUCCCACACCCGAGAAGAAUCUUAAGAGGAGUGAGAUUGAUGAUAUUGAUGACAUGGAUGUCCUUAGUGGCAAACAGUCUCAGUUGUCCAAGAGCACCGCUGAAAAUCAACAGAGCAUGGCCGAUACAGAACAUGGCGGUACACCGCAUGCCACGGGAGGACACGGUGCUGAUGCCACAGGAGAACAUGUCAUGGCUGCUACAUGCCAGCAAGAUGCAACUGGGCAGCAGAAGGAUAAGGAGAAGGACACGCUUGAAGGAGAAAAGGCACCGGAUACGCAAGAGGUCACCACAGCUGUUGUUGUUGAGCCAGAAACUGAGAAAGGAGCACUACGCACUGCUACCCAGCCGCAAGCAACACGGAGAACAUCCCUGAGUGGAGGAGGAAGACGAAAGACGGUUUCGUUUAGCGGAGUUGAAAAGCAACAACUAACCUCUCAAAAUAGAGGUGCAAGAGCAAGAACUGUCUCGUUGAGUUCAGUGCCCAAACCUAAAUUGCAGCAGAAGCCGUUGAGCAAGCCAACGCAGAAACCACUGCAGAAGCAAGCACAGAAGACGCUGGUGACUCAGAAACCAGCGAAAGGUGCAACACAACAAGGAAACCAAACAAAACCGGCCAAGAAAGUAGCUAGGCCAGUUCGAACAAAGAGUAUUUCAUCUGAGCAACCAGCAGCCAAGACGGUGAAAAAGAAAGUGAAGAAGAAGACAACGCCGACUCUGGAAGAGAAGUUUGCUUACUAUGAUGACUAUGACAAUGGUGGCGAGGCUGAGGGCACCUUUGAAAUGCAGACCAUUGUUGAUCCGUACAGAUUGGAAGAGUUCUGCCAGAAUGAUGGUGAAUCUCGAAUGCAAGUCAUGCAACCGACGGUAUGGGCUGAUGGCUGGGCACUAGGCCAUCUGAAACGUGUGCCACCACCCAAGGAAAAGCCAAGUGCUAUUCUGGAGCGCUACCAGACCAUGGGCAUUCUUAAUUUGGAUGAGGAGCCCGCACCCAAACCGGCAACACCGCCCCGCAAGGCUGCACCCCUGCCCAAGGUAUCCAUUGAAGGUAAAGCUGCACUACGCCGUGCCAUGGCACAUCAUGCCCGCCACACCACUAACACAGGAGGACAGAAGAGCAAGGGCUAUGCUGACAUGCAAGACGUCCCUCAAGCUGAAGUGCAAAGCCAUCACAAAAUGUCAACAGUACAUGGGCCAAUGGAACUUGCCGGUAAUGGCAGUACUACUGUCUACGGUCGCGAGAAGGCGCGUAAUCCCCAACCCACUGUUAGCAAUGUACAACGUCGGAGACACCAGCGUAACCAAGCAGCAGCACCUCCACCACCAGUACCACCAGCACAACCCGAACCAGUAGUUGGAUCGUUGAUGCGACCAGGAGUGUGGAUACCAGAGCUAGCACUGGGAAUAUCUCCUAAGCAGAUGCGGUCUAGUUUCGAUGUGCUUGGUAUGUCCAGUGGCAGCAGCAACAGCACUACAUUGGGAAGUGAUCUGCUCCACAGUAAUGUAUUGACACACCAUUCCCCAAGACAGACUGAAAGACUGCACGAACACACUAGCAACAGGAUAUCAUCAAGAAAUAGACCACCAGACCAUUUGCCACUAAACACGGACAAUGUGCAGGAUGGUGCCGACUCACUUAUUCAAAUGGAUAUCAACCAGGCGCGUGGUGAGCUUCCCAUUAUUGCCGCUCUCAGAUUGAACAGCUCCCAUCCACCCAAUAGUCCCGGUAGUCCAAGGCAACAGCAGCGUAUGUUUCAACAUCCAGCUGCUGCUGGGAAACUGAACAGUAACCUGCUUAGUCCAGGUGGACAGCAGGGCAUGCUGUAUCAUGAAAUACCCCCGACUGCACAGCAACCGUCACAUCUACCACCCAUUGGUCUGGCUUCCAACCUCUCCUCCUCACACUCUGCUGCUGCUGCUGUUGCAUCACCACGAGACAGCCUGGAGAAGAGUUUACUCAGCCCGAGGGUGAAGGGAACACCGCCGUCAACACCCACCUUCCUACCGCCCAUCACUCAUAGUCCACUGGCCAGAAGGAAAGGCGUCAUACAAAACUCUCCUCGAUCAGCUACAUUGUAAAAACUCUCCUCGAUCAGCUACAUUGUGAUGGCACCAGCAACAGUAACAGACUGGGUUCUGGGUUGCAGUGCACUACUGCAACUGAUUGAAAUGAACAAGACCCGAGCACUGACCCAAGCACUGACCCGAGCACUGACCCGAGCACUGACCCGAGCACUGACCCAAGCACUGACGUAAGCACUAAAAGUAAGCAGUUCAAGUCAUUUGAAAUACCUCUUUAGAUUUUUAUGUACACAGCCAUAGUUCAUCUUUGAGCUUCACAUGAUUGUGGAGUUUGCGUGUCUCGAAUAAUGCACACUCCCAGAUCGAGGCGGCGGAAGUGAAAUGCAAGUAUUGGAAGUCAUUCACAGUGUAUUUACUACUAGUAGUGUAACUAUAUGAUACGCUACACUUCAUGCUCACAAGGAAUGAUACGGUAACAUGAUGUGGCUGUGCAUGCACCGAGUUCUCACUGUGACUGGGGUUGCUGCAUGUUACUGCUCGCCAUGCAAUGCAUCUAUCCACCAUGCAAUCUAUUCUAUCCACUGUGCAAUGUAUUCAUUAUACACCAUGCAUGUACGUCUGAUGAGUGUUUUGAACACGAAGCUCGGAGUAAUGGGAAAGUUUUGGUCUCUGUUGUUCUGCCUUGUGUAGUACGCUCUGCCCUUGUUAGGGUAUUGAGCACUAUUUGCAGCAAGGACUCACACUUUGUCUAUACAUCAUGCAAUGACUAUGUAUCUUUACACCUGCAUCUGAAAAAGCUCGAUCAUGCUGUACUUCACCAUGUCUGUUUGACACUGUGCACAUUGCAUACUAUGACCAUUCUGUCCUCGCUGUCCA